CAUACGAUUGGGACCGCAUGGUUGAGCUGGGCCGAAGGAAAAAGGGCGCUGAUCACGUGGAGUCGGGACAGUUCAACGCUGGCUACGUGGCCGAACAAGCGGCGCCAUCAAAGGACCGGAUCGAGGCACCCGCGCAUUGGACCAUCGGAGAAGCCCCCGCUCCGGGCACCGCUGUCAUUCCCCCAGCCCCAGCAAGCACGUCUACGAUGACAGUGAGUGUGAGUGAACCCGCGCCCCAUCCACAAGACCAGCCGUUGGGGAUUAAGCCCUCAUCUCCGGCGCCAUCGGAGCCCUUCGACGUGACGUCUUCAAAGGCCGCGUCGCCAUCCGGCCAUGGAGGAGCCAUCAGCGCACCGCGCGAACAGAAGCCUGAAUCAGCCACGAAGGACCCGCAACCAACAAACCUACAACAAGCGGUGCCGGCGACGGCGCCUACCGAAGACGCUCAAGAAAGCAGUGGAGCAGGUAGACCGGCGCUGGCCAACUAG